AUGCUCGACGCGGUGCAGAUCUUCACGAAGGGCGGGCUCGUCCUGUUCAGCUGGUCCCUCGGCAUGACCACGCUGAAGGGAAACCCGGUGGACGCGCUGAUACGCACGCAGCUGCUCGAGGAGCGCGGAGGCGAGACCGAGUUUGCGUACAGCAGCGGUAACGCCUCGUACACGCUCAAGUGGAGCUUCCACAACGAGCUCGGCCUGGUGUUCGUCGCCGUGUACCAGCGCAUCUUAGCCCUGACGUACGUCGACGAUCUGCUGGAGAGUGCCAAGCGAUCGUUCGUGGCCGGUUACUUCGACAAGUCGGACCCGGGCCGAGCCUCCUACGCCGGCUUCGGCGAUGAGCUGACGAGGCUCACGAAGAAGGCGGAGGCGAGCGCGGCGGCGAGGAAGGCGCCCAAGGGGGCGCCAAAGGCGUUCGACGCGGCGAAGAAAGCGGCCAAGCGCAACGACGCGAGCGGCAAGGCGAGAAUCGCCGACGCCGACGACGACGCGGAGAGCGCCAAGGGGGGCGCCGGUAAGGGAGGCGACACCCGCGACGGUGACGGGGGCGACAGCGCGGCGCGCGCGAAGCAGACCGCGGCGGCGACCGCGGCGUUCGACAUCUCCAAGCUCAAGAAGAAGGGCGGCAAGGGAUCGAGGGACUCGUCUCGCGAGAACAGCGGCGCCGACCUGAAGUCGAUGGGGGGCGACGGGUCGGACGCCGGCGCCAAGUCCCCCGACGCCAAGCAACCGAAGAAGCCGAAGGAGAAGCGCGUGUGGGCGGGCGAGGGCGGGGGCGGGGGCAAGGCGAGCAAGGAGCUCGAUUUCUCCGAGGGGAGCGCGGCGCCGAGUGACGAGGUGGUCGAGCGGGUGGACAUCUCGAAGCCGUCGAGGAUCGACGACGAGGACGACGACGUGACGUACUCGGACGAAGAGGACGUCGACGAGGAAGGGGACGACGGGGACGAUACGGAUGAAGGGUCCCAACUCGGGAAGGAGAAGGGUGGGAAGAAGAAGCGGUCGUGGCUGUCCGGCGUCCUCGGCAACUCUCUGGUGCAGGGCGUCGUGGGCAAGAGUGCCUUGGACGACGAGGACCUGGAGCCCGUGCUCGAGAAGCUCAAGACGAACUUCAUGAACAAGAACGUCGCCGAGGACAUCGCGGAGAGGCUGUGCGAGUCCGUCGCCGCGUCCCUGCGAGGCAGAAAGCUCGCGUCGUUCUCCUCGCUGUCCGCGAUGGUGCGAACGGCGAUGGAGGAGGCGCUCACGAGGAUCUUAACCCCCAAGCGAUCGGUGGAUAUCCUCCGCGAGGUCAGAGCCGCUAAGGACGCGGGAAGGCCGUACACGAUCGUCUUCGUCGGCGUCAACGGCGUGGGCAAGUCGACCAACCUGUCCAAGGUUGCGUACUGGCUCCUGCAGCACGACGUCAAGGUGAUGAUCGCCGCGUGCGACACGUUUCGAGCCGGCGCCGUCGAGCAGCUGCGAACGCACUGCAAACGCCUCGGCGUCCCGCUCUUCGAGAGGGGAUACGAGAAGGAUCCCGCCAACGUCGCGUCGGAGGCGAUCAAGGCUGCCCAGCGGCAGGGAUGCGACGCCGUCUUGGUGGACACCGCGGGUCGCAUGCAAGACAACGAGCCGCUCAUGCGCGCCCUCUCGAAGCUCAUCAACAUGAACGACCCCGACCUGACCCUCUUCGUCGGCGAGGCUCUCGUCGGCAACGACGCCGUCGAUCAGCUCUCCAAGUUCAACGAGCGCCUCGCCGACCUCAACGCCAACGCGCGCCGCACGAAGCUCAUCGACGGGAUCGUGCUGUCCAAGUUUGACACCAUCGACGACAAGGUCGGCGCCGCGCUGUCGAUGGUGUACACCUCGGGCGCUCCCGUCGUCUUUGUUGGGUGCGGCCAGACGUACACCGACCUGCGCAGGCUCAACGUCAAGUCCGUGGUGAAGAUCCUGCUCUCCGCCAAGUGA